CUUCCACACAACCUUCUCUCUUUUAUAAUAUUUGUUUCUCUCUCGUUCUUGUUUUGUUUUGAAUAAUGAUUUCGUAUUCUAAUAAUCCUUUUGUUUGCACUUUUGUUUUUCUCCUAUCAAUUGGCAACACGAUUGCAUUCUCCUCGAGUUCGUUGCCUCAUGUUCAAGAUCCGAAUCUAGUAGUUGACGAGGUCAAUAGAAGUCUAUUCAAUGCGUCAAGGAGGAGCCUGGCCUACCUAUCCUGUAGAACCGGAAAUCCUAUCGAUGACUGUUGGCGUUGCGAUCCAAAUUGGGAGAAAAACCGCCAACGGCUAGCCGAUUGUGCUAUAGGGUUUGGCAAACACGCUAUUGGAGGCCGCGGUGGCCGAUUUUACGUGGUUACAGAUCCGGGCAACGACGAUCCAGUAAAUCCUAGACCGGGAACUCUAAGACAUGCGGUCACGCAAGAAGAGCCAUUAUGGAUCGUUUUCAAGAGAGAUAUGGUCAUUAGGCUCAAGAAAGAACUGAUUAUCACAUCUUUUAAGACGAUUGAUGGUAGAGGCUCAAGUGUUCACAUAACCGAUGGACCAUGCAUCAAGAUCCACUAUGCAACUAACAUCAUCAUUCAUGGAAUUAACAUCCAUGACUGCAAACCAGGAUCAGGUGGCAUGAUAAAAGAUGGCCCACAUCACACCGGAUGGUGGGUCCCAUCAGAUGGAGACGCAGUGGCUAUAUUUGGAGGAAAGCAUGUGUGGAUCGACCAUUGCUCGUUCUCCAACUGCGAUGACGGUCUCAUAGACGCCAUACAUGGUUCGACGGCUAUAACCAUAUCGAACAACCACAUGACGCACCAUGACAAGGUCAUGCUUUUGGGGCACAGCGAUAGCUACACACAGGACAAGAACAUGCAAGUCACCAUUGCCUUUAAUCAUUUCGGUGAAGGGCUUGUGCAAAGGAUGCCACGGUGCAGGCAUGGAUAUUUCCACGUGGUGAACAAUGAUUAUACUCACUGGGAAAUGUAUGCCAUCGGUGGAAGCGCUUCUCCGACGAUAUACAGCCAAGGCAAUAGGUUUCUUGCUCCUAAUACCCGGUUUAAUAAAGAGGUUACAAAACAUGAAGAUGCACCCGAAAGCAAAUGGAGAAAUUGGAAUUGGAGAUCGGAAGGGGAUAUGUUGUUGAACGGAGCAUAUUUCCGGCAAUCCGGUGCUGGAGCUUCAUCGACUUAUGCAAGAGCUUCUAGUCUAAGUGCGAGGCCAUCAUCGCUUGUGGGUUCCAUCACGACGGCAGCAGGAACACUAAGUUGUCGGCGAGGUCGUCGCUGUUGAUUGAUCAGUAUAACAAUGCUAAUGAAAUCGUUAAGAGAAAAUAAUAGUAUACUAUUAUAAUAUCAAUGUUUAUGCAGUGGUUCGUAUGUUCGAAUGAAUGGUAAAAGACUUCUUUUUGUUUUAUGUUUUUCAUAGUAAUGUUACAAGUGUAAUGCGUCUGCUAUGUCUCUGGACAUUUGGGAGAGAUGAUUUCUAAAUUUAUAUUAAUAUAUAGUUUGUGUU